AUGGCCUCUCCCACACCUAAAGAGCGUUUCACGGAAGCCUCCAAGCAUGCCUCCCUCAUCCGUGCCCUGCUCGCCCACCCUUCAAUGCGGCUGAACCCCGAAGGGCUUCCCGACCGGUCAAAUACCCCUUCCACACUCUACAACGUCGCCGACUUCGAGAUUUCCACUUACAAAAAGUAUCUCCUUCCGAUCUUGCCUCCUGAUGCCGAGAAAAACUCCAAGGCCCUAGCCAUCGCGAAGGCAGACGAAGUGAAAGAGAAUGCAAGCUUGUUGACCGAUGAUAUGUAUCCGCGCAUGAACGUUGGUGGGUUCAUGGAGAAAUGGACGGAUGCUGUUGGUAGAACGGUAAUGAUUACAAGUAUCAUUCUUGACGCGAGAAAGCAGAUCCUCUUCGGCGGGGUUUUUGACUUUGGCGAGGCGGUCAAGGAGGCGGCGAGGGCGUUGCAGCCUUGA